GCAGUGGGCAGUGAAACCUUUCAAGUGAACCUGCCUCGUGCCUCACUGUAUAUAGAGUUCAGUGUUUACAUACUCGUCGCUUGAUAGAGACACAAUGUCAGAACAAAAAAAAACACUCGCUGUAUUUGUGUUCGUGAGUAGACUUAGAAGCUAUUAAAGACAGAUUAGGCCCGAGGGCUGACAGAGAAUAUUGACACUGUGAUUAGCGUGCAAACUUAAAACUUCAUUGACAUUUUUAGUGCAAUUUUUUCACAUGUGCGCUUUUCUAUUUUCAAAGGGAAUUAAUUCAAAUCUUGACAUGAACUGAAAGACUUAUCAGCGAAGUAGUAUCAACAAGAAGGGGAGAGAAUAGACAUAGCACCGGCAAGACGUGAGACUAAGGGAGAUAAGCGUCGCGAUGAAGACUGCGUGAGUUAAGGAACUUGGCUCACCUAAACAAAACAAAAAAAUCCAUCUCUGUGGUGUGAGUUUGGUUUUCGCGCAAUUACUGUUGCCCCUACCUACGUCUGGAUUAUUUCCCCUCAGUCAGUGGAUUGUGCUGGAUUAAGUGGAUUACCGACACGCUCAGCCUCGUGGAAAUGUAGGAUGAAAGGUCUGAGUUGGUCAUUUGCUGUGGCGAUGCUGCUGUUCGUACGGACACGGACAUUCGAAACAGGAAUAGACAAAGGUACUGUCCAUUGUUCACGAGAGAAAGGCAAUGAGGUUCUUCAUGCUGAGAAAGGUGACCAUGGCUUCAUCGUCUCUGGUAGCUACCCUGGAAACUACAGCACUGGGGGCAAGACAGGCCUGUGGUGUCAGGUCCACAUCCAGGUGUGUAGCACCUGCAAACUACAACUGGAGUUCCUGGAGCUGACCUUCACCCCGUGUACGCCACACAGGCACCGGAGCCACAACAAGGACUGGUGUCACCUGGGGUGUGACCACAUACACGUAUAUGAGGUAGACCCUCCUUACAACAAAGUGACCCACAAGGACUAUUUCUCUGCAAACGAGAGUGACCAAUACACGUCCAUUUCUGGUAACUUGAAAAUCCGCCAUUGUGUGGCAAGCACUCACGAGGACGAUGGGAAGAGGUUUAAAAUAGCCUACAAAGUAUUAGAUAAAAAAGAAAUUUUCAAAGGCGUUGUAUCUCAAUAUGGGGAUGUCAGGGGCAUUGUCAAGUCACCAAACUUUCCUCAUGGCUAUGCCCUCAACGGAGAGUCUUUCACCUUUGAGAUCCAUAACCUUGACCCCUAUGGUCAUGUCAGACUGACAUUUGAUGAUUGGGAUAUUGCACAGGAAACUAAAGUCAAGAUUUAUGACGGAUUCUGGGGCGCCAUCAACCAUACCACCCUGGAGAGAUACCCACGGCCGGUGUUUGUCUCAGUGACCAACACGAUUGCCAUUGUGAUGACUACUGGGUCAGUGAGUACGGCCAGUGGGGGUCAGGUCAGCGAUUGCUGUCACUUUAGUGGCUUCAAAGCUGAGUACCAGUUCGUUUCAGAGUAUGAAUGGAAAGAAAAACCCGAUGCCUCCUGUAGUGAGGUUCACCCGCUUCAAGGUGGAGGCUCUCUUUCUUUUUCUGGCUCAACAGAUCAAGUUCCAAAGUUCUACGACUGUGUCUGGCUGAUCAAACGUUACAGUUCUACCAAUACUGCUGACGCCGUCAUGCUGAAGUUACGUGAAGUCUUAUUGGGAGAUGGCUGGCUAAGGUUUGGAAAGCGCAAUAAUCUGGAAAUCAGAAAUGGGGUUACUUCUGAGGCGCCUCUGGUGGCCAGGUACACUGCGCGAAAUUUGACAGACAUUCCAUCGCCCAUCUGGUCGAGGACCGGACUGUACAUACGGCUGAGGGGCGGGUUUUUCAGGACAGACAAACUGUCCUUCACCUUUACUGCCGUAAAGAAUGUUACUGGAGAUGGCGAGGGCUGCCCUGGUUACUUUGACUUCCUGUGCCGUAACUUGCUGUGUAUAGACCAGGAACUUCUGUGUGAUGGACUUGACCACUGUGGGGAUGGUUCAGAUGAAAGCCCUGCCGUUGACUGCUCUGUGUCUGAACUAUUGAAACACACUUUCAAGUGGAGUAUGCCUUAUAUAGUCGAUACAACUGUAGCUAACAAGCCGUACUGUCAAGGGAUUGUGUGCGGUGCAAAGUGUAUAGUUUUAGAUCAACUCUGUGAUGGGGUAGUGGAUUGUGAGGACAGUAUGGAUGAAAGUAGCUGUGCUAAAAAAGUGCACAGAUCAGGAAGUCCUAUGUUAACUAAACCUAUUUUUCUGCUAGCAUUUUUAUUGGCUUGUUAUUUCAUUGGUUUGAAACAAGGGAGAUGAUAAACUGAACAAAGGCAGCACUUCUUCAGCAUUUAUUUUGUCAAUGUGUUUUCAUUCAUCAAGAUACAACACUUGGACCUCGCAGUGACUUCAUUCUAGUUGGAUUUUUAAACAAAGCUACAAUUUAAUUUCUUCCAACUGAUCUAGGCUAAAUGUUCGUUAAACUCCAAUAUGUCUAUGGAUACAAAACAAAUAUUGAACUGUUCAACUCUGAUGAAGUCUUUAUGUUAAAUAAAAGGAUAUGAACAAAACAAAAAAACAUUGCAAGAAAAACAACAUAACUUUAUGUUACUUUGGAAAAGCUAGAUCAUUUUUUUUUUUAAAUUUCUAUUGUUUACCACAGAAACUAGGUCAAAAACUUCACAAUAUUGUUUAGUGUUCUCUCCACAAUGUUCUAUAGAUAUCUUAAAGUUCACUAUCACAAUUUCUGUUAUUGAUCUGAAUUUUUUUUUCUUUUUUUUUUGGACAUAAAUUUGUUGCUUUUAAGAACACUUUGAAAAAAAUAGUUCAUUUUUCAUUCUCAUAGUGAAAUAGUUUCCUUCUUUUGGACUUCAGAAUAAAAGUGAGCAAAAUAAUGGAGUGGCUGAUGUGAACAUCUUUGUAGAGCAUUUUAUGUUCAAAAAAUACAUGAGUUUAAUAUUUUGUUGGUGUUUCCAGAGCUGGAUUUGGGGGAAGGCAGGUGGGGCUACUUCCCCAUAGAAAAAAGUUCCUGAAGUUCCAUUUGUUAAUACAAUUAAUUUAGUUUUUAAUAAAUUGUAUUUCAAUUUAACUAGUUACUACAUUCUUUGUUUCAAUAAUUUUAUGUGUUGGUAAUACAUUUGUCUAAGAUAUGACGGAAAACUAUUGUUUCUUGCUUUUGAAAAACAAAAUUAUGGGGCUUCUGCUCUUGCUUGCCCCAGCGCCUCUAGACCUAUAAAUCGGGCCCUGGGUAUUUCCUAUAAGUUACAAAGUUGUAUUGCAGUAAAUGGUCUGAGAUGAAUACUGCUUGUCAACAUACAGGACUAAAUUAGUUUUAAGUUAUUAUUUGUCUCACAAACUGAAUGCUAUAUUUGUGAUAUUGUAUAAUUAAUUAUGUGUCAAGUCUUUGUGAUAUUGUAUUCAUAUGCUUGGAUUGUAAUAAGCUGUAGACUUGUUCUUAUUUACUUUUGUUGGUCAAAUUAAUAUGAGGUGUUCAUGCAGUAUUUCAUUUGGUCUGUUUUCAGCAUCAUUUUUUUCAACUACAUUUUGUGUCUAUGUUAUCUUAAGUAUUUACUUGUAAAUGUUUUUCAAGUUAUAAUAAUUGUUACAAUUAUUGACCUAAUUUUGUAACAGCUUGUAUAAAAUAAGGUUUUAAGAGAUGCAAACUGCUCAUGAUUCUAGUCUAAUUAUAAUCUAAUUAUAUACAAAUGUGCAUAUUAAGUGGAAAGUGAGCUUAGUGUCCAGAUGGUCAAAGUUCUCAUUUGGGUUUUAGGUUAACAGUGAAUGCUAUUUUUUUAUUUAAAUCUUGAGACUUUGAAACAGCUCUGAUGUUAUCAAUUGUGUGAGUACCUUCCACUAGUUUGGACAAAUUUUAAUUUGCCUAUGGUUAAGGUUACUGACGAUAGAGAGAUGUGAACAUAACACCUGGUCUGAUCAGUAGUUCUUCAAUAUUUUUCUUGCAGUCUCUGUUCAAUACAGGAGAGAUAUUUAGUUCAAUCAAACUUUAAAUAUGUCACAUUAACCAGAGAGAACUUAUUGUGGUCUGCUUGUUCAUAGAUACCAGCAAGUGCUUUCUCUAGCCAAAUGUCUGCACUCUAACAGAAUGUCUGUAUUCUAGCAGAGUGUCUGUUCUGUAGCAGGGUGUAUGAUGUUACAAUCAAAAUAAACUCUAAUUGUUUUGUACUGCUAUGUCUAUCUCAACCCUGAUAGUUGUGCUCAAUUGAAGGAUGUAUUGAUGUCACUACACAAGACUCACUGUUAUUUUCAAAUGCAUUUUUAAAAACAUUCUUUGUGCCUGAUACAAUCUGUUUAUAUCUCAAUUAAAACACCAAAGUUUCA